UCUUCUUCUGAGCCACCAAACUUCAUCACUAUGUUCUGGGCUCUUUGUCUUAGUAUCUUGGUGGUGUGGUCCAAAGGAUCAACCUCACAGAGUGUAGUGUCUCAGCCUCCAUCAGCCUCAGUGUCCCCAGGAAACACGGUGAAACUGCCCUGCAUCUUGGCCAGUGGGGUCAACGUUGGCAGCUACAGGAUAUACUGGGUCCAGCAGAAGCUUCCAAGUUCUCCACGUUUUCUCUUACACUACCACACAGAUUCAGACAAGGGUCAAGGCUCUGGGAUUUCUUCUCGAUUCUCCGGUUCCAAAGAUUCCUCCACAAAUAGCGGUUUUUUAACCAUUUCUGGAGUUAUGAGCGAAGAUGAGGCUGAUUAUUAUUGUGCCACCUGGCACAGCAACACAUUGGUGUUCGGAGGAGGAACCGACCUAACUGUCACAGGUCAGCCCACCGUAUCUCCUUUGGUGCAAGUCUUUGCUCCUUCCCAGGAAGAGAUCAGAAGCCCAAACCCACAUACUGUGGUCUGUCUCAUCAGCGAAUUUUACCCACGUAAUUUUGACCUGCAAUGGAAGUGUGAUGAUAAAGUGAUAACAUCUGGAGUGGAGACAGCCAAGGCCACCAAGCAAGGGGACAAAUACCUUGCCAGCAGUUACAUGAAACUGAGUGCGUCUGACUAUGAAAAAUAUGGCACUUUCACCUGUCAAGUGACGCAUGAAGGAAAGACCAUUGUGAAGAGCGUGUCAAAAUCUGGAAGUUUAGCAAUGCUAGCAAAUUUGGGAAUAUAUGAGCUCACGGCAGCCCUUCCAAUAACUCCUCGUCCUCCAACUGAUACACAGUUUUUGUAUAGCUGUGCAUCACUGUGGUAUGUCUUCGGAGGAGGGACCCAGCUAACCGUCACAGGUCAGCCCACCGUAUCUCCUUCGGUGCAAGUCUUUGCUCCUUCCCAGGAAGAGAUCAGAAGCCCGAACCCACAUACUGUGGUCUGUCUCAUCAGCGAAUUUUACCCACGUAAUUUUGACCUGCAAUGGAAGUGUGAUGAUAAAGUGAUAACAUCUGGAGUGGAGACAGCCAAGGCCACCAAGCAAGGGGACAAAUACCUUGCCAGCAGUUACAUGAAACUGAGUGCGUCUGACUAUGAAAAAUAUGGCACUUUCACCUGUCAAGUGACGCAUGAAGGAAAGACCAUUGUGAAGAGCGUGUCAAAAUCUGGAAGUUGUUAACUCCGUCAUGUAUCCUCUCCUGCCAUUCGGCAGGAGACAGGGGUCCCUUCUCUUGGGGUCUCAUUCAUUCUUUCCUAAACUUUAGUGUGAUCCAUAGUGUCUCUUUCAAUCCCAUGUAGCUACACUCUUUGUAUCCCCUCCAUGCCUUCGCCCUUCAAACCGAUUCCCCCCUCUUGAUCUGCUAGAUUCUACUGUCAGCACAUUAAUAAAGAUGGAUGUAUUUCA